AUGAGGUCGAUCUUUCUCAUCGCCAUUCUUGCCGCCACCACUGCAGCAGUGCUCUUCCAUGGGUCCGACGCGCAGGAGUUGAUGCAUGACCACCAUACAGAGAGGAUCUCAGGCACUGGCGGUGACGUUUUAGAAGACGACCCUGUCGGCAAGCUCAAGGUCUACGUGUACGACCUCCCAGCGAAAUACAACACGGAGCCGGUGGAGAAGGACCCGCGUUGCCUGACGCACAUGUUCGCGACGGAGAUCUUCGUGCACCGGUCCCUCCUCUCCAGCGCCGUCCGGACCCUGGACCCCGAGGAAGCGGACUGGUUCUACGCGCCCGUGUACACGACCUGCGACCUGACCGCCUCCGGCCACCCCAUGCCCUUCGACUCCCCUGCGGAUGAUGCGCAGCGCGAUCCGGCUGAUCGCCGAGCGCUGGCCGUACUGGAACAGGUCCGAGGGCGCCGACCACUUCUUCGUCACGCCGCACGACUUCGGGGCCUGCUUCCAUUUCCAGGAGGAGAAGGCCAUGGCGCGCGGGAUCCUGCCCGUGCUCCGGCGCGCCACGCUGGUGCAGACGUUCGGGCAGCGGAACCACGUGUGCCUGAAGGACGGCUCCAUCACCAUCCCGCCGUACGCGCCGCCGUGGAAGAUGGAGGCGCAGCUUCUGCCCCCCGGCCACCCCCGCGGUCCAUCUUCGUCUACUUCCGCGGCCUCUUCUACGACGCCGGCAACGACCCCAAGGGCGGAUACUACGCCAGGGGCGCCCGCGCCUCCGUGUGGGAGAACUUCAAGAGCAACCCGCUGUUCGACAUCUCCACGGUGCACCCGACAACCUACUACCAGGACAUGCAGCGGGCGGUGUUCUGCCUGUGCCCGCUGGGCUGGGCGCCCUGGAGCCCCCGGCUGGUGGAGGCCGUCGUGUUCGGCUGCAUCCCGGUGGUCAUCGCCGACGACAUCGUGCUGCCCUUCGCGGACGCCAUCCCGUGGGCGGACAUCGGCGUGUUCAUCGCCGAGGACGACGUCCCGAGGCUGGACACCAUCCUGACGUCCAUCCCCGUGGAGGUGGUGCUGAGGAAGCAGCGGCUCCUAGCGAGUCCGGCGAUGAAGCGCGCCGUGUUGUUCCCGCAGCCCGCGCAGCCGGGCGACGCGUUCCACCAGAUACUCAACGGGCUCGCACGCAAGCUCCCGCACGGCGACGAUGCCUUCUUGAGGAACGGACAGACGGUCCUCAACUGGACGGCUGGCCCGCCGAGAGACCUCAAGCCAUGGUAG